AUGCCUGCAGCGAUCAAGACGCCGUUUACGCUGGGCGGGGUUGUGUCCAAGUACGUAUCGUCGCGCCGGGCGCGUGUGCAGGCGCAGAAGCAGGCCCAAGGCACCACCUCCGGUCCCACUGGUGCCGAAGUCGAUGCACACGUAGCCAGUACGCUUACGCGCAAGCAAGCCGCGCGCAUCCCUGCCUUCCUUGAGCCCGACUCGAUCGACUCGCCGACCGAGCAGGCCGACGAGGAGGGAAGAGUGUUGGGGCUGGAAGAUCCGAAUGAGCCUUCGCUCGUCGACGACGCUCACACCGCCAUCCGCGCAACCGCCGUACCUACCGUUGUUGCCACAACGCCUCUUACUGAUGCUGCGUUGCUCGAGCAGGUAGCGAACCUUACUCACGGAGGGCAGACAUCCGUUCCCGUGUUCCCUGCUCCAACUGACGUCUCUACAGGGGUGGUGGAUGGGAACCAGUACGGAUUUGUCGACCCGCGCAUCUACGGCGGUACAUCGUUCGACCUCGUGGGCAACGGCGAGCACGAACCACUCAACGUCAUCAUCUCCUCGCUCUCCUCCCCCGCCAUCCUCACACGCAAGGGGUUCCAAUCCUACUGCCGCUCGCUCGACUUUGACCGCGAGUGUCUCGGCCUUCACGCCGGAGGAGCACAAAAGGCCUACAUCGACCCCCGCGGCUGGCGCGAUCAAGAAUUCCUCUACCGCCAAGUAUACACGCCGCUCGACCACGUCUUUGGCACGUGCAUCGAGAGUCUUGUUGGUGGCAACCACAUCCGAGCCUGGCAACAACAAGGAUCCGGCGCUUGGUUCCUAGCGACCAGCAAGGAGAUGGACGCAUCCAAGAACCACAUGAUCGUCCCCGAUGGAUACAAUGUCGGUCGCGAUAUCCUCGUGUCUCUCGCAAUGGGCAAGGGCGAUGGGAAUACGAGCUUUAUGGGGACGAGGUACCACACGGACGUCACGUUUGUAGCGGGACUCAUGCCGCCGGGGAUGCAGGGCGUCAACCAUGACAUUGCCGUCGACGGCUUGACUGCCGUGCUCACCGUCAGCAUCGUCUCGGACGGAACGUGGUUCUGGUCAAAACAUCAGAAGGAAGCAGAAGCGCUGCUGGUUCAGCCGCCAGUUGCGGGAGGCAUGGUGGCUGCCGAAGAGGCCGAGGAGGACAACAAGGUGCGCAGGAAGCGACUUAGUUUCGCACGCAUUGUCCGGCCGAAUGGCGAGCAGCACCGCGAUGAAACAGCUCGCGCCAAGCAAGGCCAUGUGUGGGGCAAGAUCAAGCAGAUCACAAAAACGCACAAGGCGCCGCAGACCGAGCAGCCGGGUGAAGAGGCAGCGCUGCACAGCUCGGUCGAUUCCGGAUCAACGACCGCCGACGUGGCUCAGCUGGGCGUCAGCACCGACACGGCCAAAGACGCUCCCACCUCGAGCGGGAUUCCCGCUGCUGCUCCUGCCAUCGCCCCCUGA